AUGGCUCAAGCGCUUCUCUGGGUGCAAGACACUGCAUCGACAUACGAAGCGUCGCGCACCUCAGGACGGCGGCAGGAGGCUCGAGUUCGGCGUCACGUGCAAGAAAAUCGACGCAAGCCCGUGGCGGGAUCGAACGAGAGCAAAGGCCUAGAAGAUGAUCAGGCCUCAAGAGUGCAGCCCCUGAAAGGCGUUGAUGGAGUACCUGCGUCUGCGCUCCGACCGAACAGAUCAUUGGGUCGGUUGGCCCUUAGGCCUGCGGGAACUCCUUCGACUCGCAAGCAGAAGACCACUCUGACCAGGAGCAAGGAGAAGAGCCUCGAUGCAGGCAAAGCAGUCCCAGCAGGGCUUAACGUCGCGCUGACUAAGAGCCUGCCGUGGUGUUUGACCGGUCUGUCUUCGAGCGAAAGACGAAGCCUUGCGUUCUUUCAACUUCGCACAUCGCGAGAAUGGUCCGGGUGGGACGACUCACAUUUCUGGAAGAUUCUCACUCUCCAAGCGUCUCAGCAGAGCCAGGCCGUCGCUCGCAGCCUCAUCGCUGUCUCUGCCCUCCAUGAACGCAUGGAGGUAGUCGGUAGCGUCGAGCGAUUUCGACUACAAUAUCUCAGCUGCGAACAGAGCAGCAAAGCGACAUUGCAGCUCCUGGCAAAAUCGGAGUUGUCCUACUUCGAAGCACUGGUGUCGUGUCUCAUCAUGAUCUGCUUCCAUGGACUUCAGCGCAAUCCGGCGUCGGCGUUCGUACUGCUUCGAUCUGGCACGAGAUUGCUUGACGAGUCCAAUAGUCCUGGAAAUGCAACCCCGGAAGAGCGACAAAUCAUCGACAGACAGCUCCGUCCCCUCUUCAGUCGUCUUAUAUCCAGGCACUGUGGGAUGGGCGACCCAUGUGGAACUUUUGCCAUCUCAGCAGAGCGGCAUCGGGUAAAGGGUCUUCAAGUUGCUGAGGAGAAGCCGGUGGUGACACCUGUUUUCAGCACUCUCUCAGAAGCUAGGCAUUGGCUGCAAUUGAUCUUGAACUGGGCCCAUGACGAUAUGCCCUCGCGGUCAAGCCCCAGCUCAUCACAGGAAUCCUUUCUGGCCGUCUUCCGUCGGCUGAGAGACACGUGGAAAGCAUCCUUGCUCCGAUCCGACUUCUCCCAAACCACCGAUUCUUCGAGAUCGUUGAAGCUCCUCAAAGCAGCUGGCAUCAUCAACACGAUCAUUAUCGAAAUGGCUCAAUGCUCCAACGAGGUUGCCUAUGAUCAGUACCUUUCAGGUUUUGAAGAGACCAUAGCUCUUGUUGAGGAAGCCAAAUUGUCUGGCCACUGCUUCGGCAUCGAUGCUGGAUUGCUCGAUAUUGUAGCAUUUGUCGGAACGAAAUGUCGAGAUCCUCAAAUCCGACGACGUGCGCUCAAGCUUCUCAAAUCCCAAGCUCGUCUCGAAGGAGACCGCAUCGCGUCAAACCCUGCAACGAUUCUAGAGACCCUCAUUUCUUUGGAAGAGCGUGACCUGAAUGUUACUUCCUGCCAUGACGUUCCAGAGUCGAGCCGACGCCACCUGGUCAGUGGCCAACAACACCUCGCCCAUGGUCGGAUCGAUCUCUUCUAUGUUUCAGUCGACGGCUCAACCAAAGAGAGAUGCAGUGUCACGAUGGCAGGGGUUACAGGCCGAAAGCCAAGCGGUAAGUGCGAUGCUGAAGCAAGUAUACCUGAUGCCGUCUUCGGCGCAGGACAUGCAUCGUACCUGGAGAACCGUCAGACGAGAAGCUACUUCAAUCUCGAGCUGGAUCGCUUCUACUUCUUCAUCCCCAAGAUGUGA